UGUCAGGAAGCGGAAGCAGGAAGGUAUAUUGCUGUUAUCAGUUAUGGCGGAGGUGGUUGAGGAGGACAAGAUGAAACAUUUUAACGGGGGCUUUGAGAGAAUGGACUCGGAGAGGAAUCGUUUUCCAUACUGCAUCGUGUGGACCCCGAUCCCCGUACUGUCAUGGCUGUUUCCUAUUAUAGGACAUAUGGGAAUCUGUACCUCCACAGGUGUGAUCCGAGAUUUUGCUGGACCUUACUUUGUCUCAGAGGACAACAUGGCUUUUGGAAAACCAACAAAGUACUGGAGACUCGAUGCUGACAAGGUCUAUGCUAGCGGCCCUAAUGCUUGGGACACAUCUGUGAAUGAUGCAUCGGAAGAAUACAAGCAAAGAAUGCAUAACCUGUGCUGUGAUAACUGCCACUCCCACGUGGCAAUGGCCCUCAACCUGAUGCACUACGAUAACUGCACCUCCUGGAACAUGGUCAAGCUCUGCUUCCUGUGCCUGAUCUACAGCAGAUAUGUCAGUUUCGGAGGCUUUCUGAAAACCUGGCUUCCCUUUAUCCUGCUCGUGGGGAUCGUCCUCACAGUCACUCUCGCUGUCAACCUGCGGUGACCACAGACGAGAGAGAAGAGCAAAACUCUGAGCUGGAGCGGAGAGCUCUCUGCAGGCGGAACAGCAGUGCCUGCCUGUGAACACAAAAGCCUUUCUGUGAUAGAAAUCCUUUUCGGUGACUUAGAAAUACAUUUAUUUCUUUUUAAAGAUCCAUGGGUGAUGUUGUUUUAUAAUUGUAUCCAGUUCUGCAAAGUUACAUCGGUCCGUGUGAUUUAACUUAGAAUUCCUGAAUAUCAAAUCUGGACAAGGAAGGGGGUAGUAGUGAAAUGUCAGUCAACUUUUAGAGGGCUCCCAUAUGUGAAUGGGCUGGGAUCUGAUGACAGCAGUGCAUAGCAUGUGUCUAGCAAUGCAAGAUGAGCUGUUUUUCUCAAGUGUAAUAGAUCCGUAAAGAGGUGCAGAAUGCUGGGUUGAUUCCUGCUGGGGUCAGGCAGCCUGUGAAAUACCAGCGGAUGAGCGAUGCGAUUGGAGGGAGUGGGAACAGCAGGAGCUUCGGAGUUCUGGCUCCGAAGUGUCUUUUGACAUUGUUGUUUGUUUUGCACACCACGCAGCUCCAAGAAAAGCUCUGGAGCGGAUGUACAGUGCUUGUAUGUUUUUUUUUUUUUUUUUUAGCGCCAGUGUAAAGUUUGCACUUCCUAAUAAUAAUAAUAAAAACUGGUCAUAUUAAAUACCUUUUAAAGUAAGAAUCACACUGUGACCUGCUGUAUGAAUAAGGAAUGCUCUGGCUGUGAGCUACAGCUGAAGUGGAGCGCACAUGGCAAUGCCAGUAUCCUUCUGUUACAGAUGUUUUAGAGGCUACUCCUAUAUAGGUUAUAUUUCAAUAUGGGCUUAAAGGCAAACCGUGGAAAAAUACAAAUAAAUGAAAAGCGUGAUUUCAGCUAGUAUUUUUUAAUUUAAACUUUUCUUUUUACACACUUUCCGCUGAAGUGAAAGAUUACUCUGUUUGGCCCAGUAUGCUGAGAGGAGGGUUUAGUUGUGUUUUUGUUGAAAACUGAGCUACAACAUUUAAAAAAAAAAAAAAAAACAGGUUGUGUGUGUAUUAUGAUGAAAACAGUUGGGUAGAUCACUGGCUUGAUUGUUUUUUUU